AUGGCGGAUGGAAGUGGAGGAGAGGCCGCCCUGGCGAUGGCAGAGGUGAAGAGAAGAGCGCGCGAUGAGAUCGCCGGCGACGCUGCUGCUGGAGGCAAGAGAUUACGCGCGACGGAGCUCUUCGAUGAGCCGCUCGCGGCGGCGUCGCGGCCAUCGCCAGGGAUCAAGCACCAGGCGCAGGAGAAUGGGGUAAGCAUCAGGGACGAGGAAUUCGCGACCGCCGAGGUUGUGAAUGCCAGCCGGGGCAGCGCAGCGGCCGUGGAAGAUUUCGGGGAGGAGGAGGAUGGACUGCGGUCGGAUGUAGAGGAGGAGGAAGAGGAGGAGUUUGUAGAUGAGACCGAGAGCGACGAAGAGGACGAUGAUGGGGAAGAAGGGGAUUACACGGACGAGGACGACUACAGCGAUGUGGAGCUCCAGCUAUCGGGCGCUCAAAAUCGCCCGAGAAGGAUAGAGAAGGGGAUCGUCCUGGACAAGGGGAAGAACAAGGCGGCGGCGGCGGCGGCGGCUCCUCCGCAGGACUACAAAGGCAAAGGCAAGGCGAUCGUCCAGGAGGAGGACAGUAGCAGCGACGAUAGCGAAGUGGGCGUGGACGAGGACGAGUUCCUCAAGGCAAACAUGGCAGCGCUCAGGGACGCCGAUGCGCUGGAGGAGGUGGACUUGAACAACAUUCUUCCCACAAGGACGCGCCGGCGGACGAUCCAGCAGCCCGUCCAUUGCGAUGAUCCUGGCAAUGGAUCCAGCGAGGAGGACGAAGACUAUGUUGCCGGUGGCGAGCUCGGCACUCCAGGAGGAGGAGGAGGAGGAGGAGGGAAAUGAUCACGCUGCUGUACGUGGUGACCUGUUGCCUAUGCGUAUUUCAUUGCUGCAAAAUGUUUGCCAGUUUUGAUGCAAUGUAGGGUUUUUUUGUCUUCCUGGUAACUUUUAUUUUCUUACUUUCUAACUCAAUGUAAAUAUUGGAUUUUCAACUACCUCCUCGAAUA